AUGCGCACAAUUCUUGUCACUGGCGCAACAGGCCACCAAGGUCAUGCUGUCAUUUGCAGCCUGCUAAGGGAAAAUGCGGCUCAGGGAGAUCAACACAAGCACUUUAAGAUUCUCGCCACAACACGUGAUCCAGACUCACCAAGAGCAACUGCACUUCUAAGGAAGGGAGGCGGGCGCGUGGAAGUCGUCAGGUGCAAUCUCAAUGAUGCAAAUGAGGUCAAUGGUCUAUUCACAAAGUGUGGGCCACACUCUGGCAAGAUUUGGGGCGUCUUUUGUGCAUUGGUAUUCCCUGGUCCGGGCAAGAGUGCAGUCGGCGAGGAGAGACAAGGAAAGACACUCAUUGAUGCUGCGAUCAAGCACGGCGUUAGCCACUUUGUGUACUCAUCCGUCGAUAGAGGCGGUGAAGCACGGGAUGAUACCUUUACACUCGACAAGGCUGCCAAGGUCGCGAUUGAAAGAUACCUCAAGAAACGAACUGGGGAGGAAGGGUCGAUGUCCUGGACUAUCUUGCGACCUGGAUUCUUUAUGACCAACUUUGUUGGAUCUGCGGGCAAAAUUGCAGCUGCAGUGGUCCGUGAAGGACUCAAGCCAUCGACCAAAUUGGAACUUGUCGCCGUCGAGGAUAUUGGGGAGUUCGCCAGAGUGGUGUUUCAUGACCCGCAGAAAUACUCGUCGAGAUGCGUCGUCCUCGGCGCAGAGUGUCUCACGGCGGCUGAACGUGAUGCGAGCUAUGCUAGAGCGAUGACGCCGCAUAAUACGGAUAAAAACGUGAGCAAGAAGGACAAACCUAAGAAUAAACAGCUUCCUUCUGCUUCUGGGAUCCUCGCCCGUGCGCUCAUACGCUGGAAUGGAUUCACCAGAGACCUGUGCAAAGAGUUUGAACAGGCGUAUACUGCGCAUAUGGAAAUGAACAACGGAGAUCCAGAGGCGCACUUGCGCGAGUUCCGAGAAGCGCUCACAAGCCCAGACGGACAGCCUCUCUGGACUACGUUCGAAAUAUUUUGUGCGCGAAACUUCCGGGGAGGGAGGCUCUAUAGAAAAGAGAACAAAGAAGACUUCGAAGCUCACGGGGUCGGCAAGGAUCUGGAGGGAAUCGUCGCGACUGGGGCACUGAGCCAAGAGCAAGCCUGA